AUGCACGCAUUCUUUGAUUGGUACAUCAACUCAAAAACCACUUUGAAACAAUUUGUGAAGCAAUAUCAGAAUGCUUUGGCGACGGUGGAAAAUGAAAAUGGUGAAGAAUUUAAUUCUCUCAACUCAUACAUCCCAUGCAUAACUCCAUUUGAGAAGCAAUUUCAAAAAGCUUACACUAUUGCAAAAUUUAAAGAGUUCCAACAGGAGGUUGUAGGGCACCUUCAUUGCAAUUUGACUUUGUAUACACAAGGUCUUGAUUUUUCUAUAUAUGAAGUAGGUGAAGAUGUUCCAUUUGGAGAGAACCUCCAAUUAGCACCUUUCACUGUGUAUUUUGACAAGGAAAACUUUGACACAAAUUGUAGUUGUCAGUUGUUCAAGUUUAGGGGAAUAGUGUGUAGGCAUCAAAUUGUGGUGUUAAUGAAAGAAAGAGUCCAUGAGAUAUCAAACAAGUACAUUUUAAGAAGAUGGAACAACAAUGUGAAAAUGUGCCAUAGUAAAAUGAUUAUCAAUUAUAACAAUCCUUCAACGUUGCCUGAAACACAUCAGUAUAAUAAAAUGUUCAAUGUCUUCAAUGAUGUGGCUGAUUUGGCAACUGAUUAUGAAAAUAUGUGUGAUAUGGUGGUCAAACAACUACUUGAACUAAAAGGGAAAUUCAAAGAAGAAGUUGAAAUUGAUUGUGGAAAUAAUAAGUCUAGUUUUCUGAGUAAUCAUCAUAAUUCAACCACUUAUAGAGAUGGUGUUUGA